GGGCGGGCGGGCAGACCUGACUACGGACGAGAGGCCGAGAGAAGGCGGCCUCUGACAUUCCACGCAAUGUCAUGCCUAGGCCCUGCUACUGCAUGGCUGCAGUCAUCGUUCACGAGCUGUCCCUCGCGGACCGGCAGACGGGAAGUCAAGAGCGACAAGGUUGACAUUUGGGUCAUCCGUGGCCGAACGCACUCGGCGCUGGACGGCGUGUGUCCCGGAAUGGGCCAAUGGUCACGCCAAUUGCUUCACCCAGUUGGUGAUCCAAUGCAUGUGUUCUUCCUGGGAUUCCCGAGCGCGACGGCUACGUGUUAUGCAAGCAGCAUCCUCUGCUACUCUGUCUGUCUGUUAUCUUCUGGACAUGGGUGGACCGGAUAUCUGAAUCAGGAUGGACGACGAGUUGAGCUAGUGGCCUGCUCCUGUUUCCUUCCUAUUGUCUGCAAUGCCGUCUCUCGCCGUUGCAGCAGCUCAUGUCUUGGGUCUUGAAAGCCAUCCAUCAUUGCCGAGUCCAGCCUAGUCAGUACCUUCAUCAUUCUGUUGCCUUGUUCUACCCGCACUCGGCUGGAUGACCUUUUGCUGGCGGCCACGUUUGACUCCAGGCUGUUUGUUUUGUUCCUCGGGAUAUUACUAUUAUGUAUCCCCUCUCUCGGCACCCCUUCUGCACCCUUCCCCCUCCCCCCUGUUACAUACCUUUUACGUACCUUUCUCGCAAUCCCCUUCACACUUUCUCAUCCUCGUGCACGCCACUCGCCCACUCAUUACUCUAUUCAUCACCUACUUACCUUUCUUUCCUUGGCCUGACCUAACAUCAGAUCACUCCUCUUCUCCUCACUACAUCAUUCCACCCUCCCAAGAACUGUGUAACUACACAAGGACCUGCAUCUAUCUCCCUGCACCCAUCGCCUACACUGCACUAUACAUACACAUACAAAGCACAUGCACAUGCAAACAAACCCAAACUCUUCAUCACCCAGUUUGAACCCUACCUACCCUACCUAGCUACCCGUGGCCUGUAGCCCACCAACUCCAGCCCCUGCUAGUAGUUCUUUCACAGGGUCUCCCUGAGCCUUGUUGUACCUAGCGGUUGCUUCCCCGGUAGAGAACACCUCCACCCCGGCCUUUAGGUCAUCGCACCCGCCCCGAAAGUCACGGUCACACCCGAGGGGUCCCGCCUUUUUGGGCAUAGAGCUCCUGCCACAGCUAGAACUGAAAGCAUCACACGAGUUGCCUUCCACCACAAGCUCCCCAAGCUCCGCUGCCUCGCCACUCAAUCGGAGUUUUCUUUCUUUCUCAUGACUUCGUCUAUUUCGCUCCUCUUCUUUUCUGUCUCAGCGUAGCAACUUGUACUCAAGAAGACACCACCACCAACAACGACGAGACGACCGUCAAGAUGCCGCCCAGAACUAACGGUGUAGGCAUUCAGGUGGAGGAUACCAAGAUAUGUGUUGUCAUGGUUGGUCUGCCCGCUCGGGGCAAGAGCUUCAUCGCCCAGAAAGCGCAACGCUAUCUGGGCUGGCUCUCCAUCAAGGCCAAGACCUUCAACGUCGGCAGCUACCGUCGCAAGGAGGACGCCCAUCCCUCGGCGGACUUCUUUGACUUUCACAACACCGAGGGUGAGCGCAGACGUCGUGCCGCCGCCGAGAAGGCCAUCGAGGACAUGCUCGCCUGGUUCCGCCAGGGUGGUGUCAUCGGAAUCCUGGAUGCCACCAACUCCACCAAGGAGCGCCGCAAGUGGGUUCUCGACAUCUGCACCAAGGAGGGUAUCGAGGUCCUUUUCGUCGAGAGCAAGUGCGACAACGAGAACCUCAUCAUGGCCAACAUCCGUGACGUCAAGACCACCUCGCCCGACUAUCAGGGUCAGGACCCCGAGGAGGCUGCCCUCGACUUUCGCAACCGCAUCCGCAACUACGAGAAGGUCUACAAGACGCUCGACGAGGACGGUGAUGAGAACGAGUACACCUAUCUCAAGAUCAUGGACGUCGGCAAACAGGUCAUUAUCAACCGCAUCCAGGACUACCUCCAGAGUCGCGUCGUCUACUAUCUCAUGAACCUUCACAUCCGGCCCCGCUCCAUCUGGCUGUCGAGACACGGAGAGUCCAUGUACAACCUGGAUGGUCGCAUCGGCGGCGACACCACGCUCUCCCCUCGUGGUGAGCAGUAUGCCCGAAAGCUCCCCGAGCUCGUUCGCAAGUCAGUUGGCGAUGACCGUCCUCUGACUGUGUGGACCUCGACGCUCAAGCGUACCAUCGCUACUUCCCGCUUCCUUCCCCCUGACUACAACCAGCUUCAGUGGAAGGCGCUUGACGAGCUUGACUCUGGCGUCUGCGACGGCCUCACUUACCAGGAAAUCAAGGACCGUUUCCCGGAGGACUUUGCCGCUCGUGACGAGGACAAGUACAACUACCGCUACCGCGGCGGUGAAUCGUAUCGCGACGUGGUCAUCCGUCUGGAGCCCAUCAUCAUGGAGCUCGAGCGCAGCGAGGACAUCCUCAUUGUUACGCACCAGGCCGUUUUGCGCUGCAUCUACGCUUACUUCAUGAACAAGAGCCAGGCUGACAGCCCCUGGAUGAACGUGCCCCUGCAUACCCUCAUCAAGCUCACCCCCCGCGCAUACGGAACUGAGGAGGUGCGCUACGAGGCUAACAUCCCGGCGGUCAGCACCUGGCGCGGCAAGGGUUCCACUGCCAAGCACGAGAACCCGACGGCAGAGUGUACAAACAUGAGGAAACGCAGGACGCCGUGA